AUGAGUAUUGUAAAAGAGCAUUCAUCUAAGGUAGAUGUACUACAAGCGAUCAUCAAUGGAGCUAAGAUGAGUGCUCCUGGACUAGCUGCAGCAGAACAACUCAUAGUCGACAACUGUAAGAAUGUUUACCUAGCAGGGCUUGAAAGCACAGCAAACACUGCAGCCUGGACCUUGAUGUUGCUUGCAACACAUCCAGAAUGGCAAGAUCGUGCCCGUGCAGAGGUUGCUGAAGUUUGUGGUGAAAGCUUGCCCGAUGCCACUAUGCUUGGCAAAAUGAAAGUGUUGACAUCAGUCAUUCAAGAAUCAUUAAGACUCUACCCUCCAGGACCCUUUAUAGCAAGAGAAACCCUAGAAGAUAUGAAGUUCGGAGACCUUGAAAUUCCAAAAGGUGUUGGCGUUUGGGUUGCUGUGAUGCCACUUCACCAUGACCCUGAACUUUGGGGUCCUGACCCAAGCAAAUUUAACCCGGAUAGGUUUGCUAAUGGCAUAGGAAGUGCUUGCAAAAUCCCUCAAGCAUAUAUUCCUUUUGGUAAUGGUCCCCAUAUCUGUGCUGGACAAUUAUUUGCGAUGCUGGAGAUAAAGGUUGUUCUAGCUAUCAUUCUCUCCAAAUUUUCCUUUUCCCUAGAUGCAAAUUAUGUCCACUCCCCAGUGAUGGAGAAUAUUAUACGACCAGGACAUGGAGUAAACCUUAUCAUGCAGAAGUUGACUAAGUGA